AUGGGGUAGGAUUAAGGGAUCUAAAAUAUGUUCUUAUAGUAUAAGGCAUUCAUAUGUGCGUUUUAAGUACUUAUAAACAGCCAGUAUGCUGGUAAUAUGCGAGCUUAUAAGCAGCUAGUUAAUAGUGAGAAUUGGUCCUUAAAAUGAAGUGUUACCAAUUCCAUUUAUCCCAGAGGAAAUACACUUUCAUAGGUCAUGAGAUGUAAUGAACAUCUCAGUUGCAUUCCAUUUAAUUAUAAACCAUUUCUUAGAUGUUUAUUUAAAAAAUAAAAUAAAAUGCAAAAAAGAAAUAAACUGCAAAAGAGUUUACGCUGUCAUUUUCCCUAACUCAGAAAAAUGGUGUUUAAUCUUUGGUAUCUGGCAAAUUGAAAUAUUUUCUCAAACUCAUGAAGCAAAUGUGAGAUUAUUGAAGUCUUUUCUAAGAAGAAAAACAUGAAAAGCAAGACCUAAACCUCUAUGUGCACCUAUUGUAAUGUUUUGCUUUUUUUUUUGUUAAAUAAAAAUACUGUAACAAAAAAGCUGUGUAGGAUCCCAGUUUCAUAGCCGAAAAGCAGCCAUAUUAUCGAUUUGAUCCAUAAAAAUCGCAGUAAGCAUGAAAAUCAUGUGCAUACCACCCAGUUGGCUUUCUGCUUUGAUGUAUUAACUGGAAACGAGAGACAGACAGAGAGAAAGAGAGAGAGAGAGCACCGCCAUAAAGGAAGUGUUGGCUUAGUCCGUGUGAUACCCAACACCACAGACUGUGAUCCUGCAGACAGACUGGCAAGUUGAGAAGACAGAGAGAUACUGUUCCCCUGUGUCUUAUUCAAGAGCUGUUAAACGCCCGCUGAACACUGCACCAGAGACUGCUCUCUAAACCUGCCAGAUUACAGCCUGGACCGACUGCAAGGACACAUUUCUAGUUCAUACACGAUUCAGGGGUGUGGACCUAUUAGAGUGCAAAAAACAGAGAGGUCUUGCUGAUGUUGCUAACACCACAAAUGCGAGAGCAGAAAACAGUGAGCACAAUGCCACAAGGAGAAGACAUUUAGAACCCAAGAAAGACUGAAGGAAACCUGAAAGAAAAAGCUGUUUGUAGUCACUUUUGUGCACAGGUAAAGAAGAGCAUUGAUUCCAAACACCUCACCAUGUUUGCCCCGACGACAGCACUGCCUCCUCCUCCUCCCCUCUUAACAGGAAGUACUCUGCCAGUGCCCAGUACACCAUCAACAGCUCCCUACACAGAUCAUGACCUACUGCGGCAGGAGUUAAACUCUCGGUUCCUGGCCUCCCAGACUGUCGAUCGAGGAGGUGCUCCAGCUCCCCCGGCCUACCUGCGCACAGAGUUCCACCAGCACCAGCACACACACCAACACACACAUCAGCACACCUUCUCUCCCUUCUCCCAUUCCAUCAUGCCCAGCCCAGCAGCACCACUGGUGCGUACCCCUGCCAGACAAUUUGACAAAUACCCCGCUACAGUGGACACCUUCCAUAGACACAGUUUGGUCCCGUCCUACCCGUCAGUAAUGACUGGAAUACCUCCUAUGGUUCCACCUGCUGGACCAUUCAGCUCUCUCCAGGGAGCUUUUCAGCCCAAGGCUUCCAACCCUCUAGACGUGAUGUCAAGACCAGGAUCAGUGGCACACCAACUUUCACAGAAGGACUCCAGACUUCUUGACCCCAUGUGUCCUAAACCAAAGAAACCUGGAAAGUGGUGUGCAAUGCAUGUCCACAUUGCAUGGCAAGUUUACCAUCAUCAGCAAAAAAUUAAGAAGCAGAUGCAGAUUGAGCCACAUAAGUUAGACUUUGGGUUUAAGCCUGAGUUUCUGAACCGAUCGCCUGGCUCAAGCUUCAUGGGACUGCAGCCACGUGAUUUACCCCGCCCCUCCACCAUCCUCUCUAAUGCAGGUCCCACACACCCUUCAGUUUCGCCACCACAUACUCCAAACAAUCUCCACAGUGUAGUCCCCAAUCAUGAGUCUCUUAAUAAACCACUCACCUUUGCAGGCCUGAGUAUACUGAGUACAUCUGCCUUUGGAGGACUAGGAAACCCAUCAAUAACACCAAAUGCAGCACAUGGGACUAAAGAUGGUAAAACAGUGCCAACUUCAAGUGGACCACUAGAGUCCUGGAACAGACUGCACCAGACACCCUCAUCCUUCCCAACGCCCCCUCUAUGUUCAAGGUCUUCUGAAACCGAGAGAGCUCCCUCCAUACCGGACAGGGCAGCAAAUAACAGAGAAUCCCUAGAGAACAAAGAUGACAAGGAAAGGGAACCAAAAGAGAAAUCAAAUGGACGGCAUUUGUCCCCCAUCAGAAAUAGUGCCCUGGACAACAAACAACCAACAGAGUCCUUAAAAAGUUCCUCUCCGAAUGAGCCCAAGGAAGAGGACCAGGCAAGAGAGAAAACACAAGCCCAAGAGCUUUCUCAACAAACUCGAGAAACUGAGGAGCAAAAACACAAAGAGAUCCAAAGUGACAAAAUAGAAAAGGAUGUGAAAAGUGAGCAGCAUCCCACUGAUGACAAGCCAGCAGGAAAAGAGAGUUCAUCACCCAAGCAGCAGAGAGAGGAUCUCAAGCGGCCAAACAGUGAUAGCCAACCCUGGGAGCCAGCUGAGAAGAAGAUUAGAGUCGAGUAUGAACCCCAUGCCAAAAGCAGCAAGGUGAGAGUGAAGGAGGAGAAGAGAGACGACCAGGACCGUGAGGUUACAACACACCAUAAAGUUUUGGAAAAAACGUGGCAGGAUCCCAGAGCCCCUGCUAUUAACCCUUCACCUCUUUCAACUCUUCCUUUGCCGAUAGGAAUCCCAACUGGCCACCCUGGUCUUGACAGAACUAGGCUGGUCUCACCUUUUCUGGGAAUGGGACCAUUACCUGGUACCGAAAGGAUGCCUUACUCGCCUCAACACUGGGAGUCUAUGCGGAAUGUUUACCGAGGUUUAGAUCUUCCUCGUAGGGACUUCUUGGGCAAGGACCUCUUAAUAAGAACCGACCCCCUGCAACGUGCCAUGAUGGGGCACCCUGCUUACCCACGAGAGCCAUAUCUGCAGUCCAUGGUCCUGGAGCAAAGGAGUCAAAUGGAGGAACGGCAACGCAUGGCCUUCCUGAGAGAAGAGAGCGAGCGUUGCCGCCUACUGGCUAUGCAUCAUACUGCACUGGAUCCUCACUUACCGCCUCCAGGACUCUUCUCUGCAGCUUACCCCAGCACAGGGCUCCUACAUUACAGCUCACUCAAUAGGACUCUACCUGCUGCUUACGUACACACCCAACCACACCCACUUUUCCCAAUGCUGGCAGCACGUUCAGGGUCUCCGAGACGGAUGACCCCUCUCACAGACAGACCUGUUUCGCACCCACACAGAGACACUGAGACUCGGUGAACUGGACUUCAUCAGAAUCUGAUGGACUCGUGUACGUCAAGCACUUCAUGUGAAACAAAGUGUAGUCAUGAAAUGUACAGUGGUGAAAAUGAUUUUUUUUUUGUCCAAAAACAAAAAUAUUAAAAUGACUUCUGAGAAAAAAUGA